GUAGAUGACCGUUGUCAUACGAUUCUCCCGCACUACUUUCUUCCUGGAGAAGGUGGUCCGAAAAGGAGAGAGGGGAAGGUCUGUUUUUGAUUCCGUAUUCCUUUUUGCCUUCGAGCUUGGGCGUUUGGGGCGUCCCUGAAUCAUCUCGGACCAAUGACUUUUGUUUUGUGGCCAUGCGGAAGCAGCCUCUAAAUUCUCAUUCCUUGGAGUUUGCAGGCAGUUUCAACCACAACCAUUUCUUUGGAAGCCUCAUGUUGUUCUUUUAUUUUGGGCCGAAACAGUGUCCUGAAUAGCAUGCGAAGAGAGGAAAUGCGAUAGCAUGGGUUGUUUGAUUGUUCGAUGUUGUUUGCGGCCCUGGGUCCAUCGACCACGCGCGUUCGGUGGCCUGGCAGCUGGCUCGAGCCCGUGGAGAAGGUGUCGACCGCCAUGCUGCGCAGAGGCUUCGAAGCGCUAACGCUUGCAACGUUGGUCCUGGGGACGAGCUUGCUUGAGGAUGAGAAGAUCAAGGAGCUCAUGCAACAGAUGACCUUGGACGAGAAGGUCGGCCAACUGGAGCUCCUGAGCCGACCCUGGGGCGAUGAUUUCAAUGGCGAGAGCGCUCAAUGGCAGGAGACACUCCAGCGGAUCAAGGGCGGGAAGCUGGGUGCCCUGUUCAACGGCCAGGGCGUUGAGAUUAACCGAGAGCUCCAACGUGUGGCAGUGGAAGAAAGCCGCCUGGGCAUCCCCUUGAUCUUCGCGGCGGAUGUGUGGCACGGCAUGUGGACCAUUUUCCCUGCGCCCUUGGCGGAGGCUGCCUCCUGGGAGCCGCACUUGGCCUAUGAGACGGCGCGUGCGAGCGCGGUAGAGACCACUGCCUCAGGACUCAUGUGGACCUUCUCCCCCAUGGUGGACACGGCACGAGACCAGCGCUGGGGGCGGAAUCUGGAAGGUGCCGGCGAGGAUCCCUUUCUGGGAGAGGCCUUUGCUGUGGCACGGGUCCAAGGCUUCCAAGGCAACGACACCCGGGCAAACGACAGCCUGGCGAGCUGCCUCAAGCACUUCGCGGGCUACGGGGGUGUGUUGGGUGGAUUGGACUACAGCGAGAGUGACAUGUCCGAGGCGACCUUUCGCGAGGUCUUCUUGCCACCGUUCAGUGCCUUCGUGGAGACGAACACAGCGACGUGCGAAUGCGAAUCCGAAUGUGCUGCCAUUCGUGCGGGUGCCUUGACCAUCAUGAGCGCCUUCCAAGCUCUCGGAGGGGUGCCGGCCACUGGCAACCGCUGGCUCCUGACAGAUGUUUUGAGAUCUGAACUGGGCUUCAAAGGCUUUGUCGUCACAGACUACAACGCAGAUGGGGAGAUGGUGAAUCAUGGAUUUGCAGCCAAUCAGUCGGACGCUGCUCGACUUGCAUUGUCUGCCGGCGUGGACAUGAGCAUGCACAGUGGUGCCUUUCGACAUUUGCCCGACUUGGUGUCGAACGGCUCGGUGUCGCACGAGCGCUUGGAUGAAGCGGUGCUGAAUGUCUUGAGAGCCAAAGCUGCCAUGGGCCUCUUCUCAAAUCCUUACAAGACCUUGGACCCUUCGAAAGAAUGGCCAAAGGGCCAAGGUGACAAAAUUGAAGCUCAUGAGCAGCUCGCGCGCCGCGCUGCCCGGAAAUCCUUGGUGUUGCUGAAGAAUGAGAAUGAGAUCCUACCGCUCAAGAAACGUGGCCAGCGCAUUGCGGUGAUCGGUUGGUGGGCGAAUAGUACCGACACGGAUGGUGUUGGCGUCAUUUGGGGCAACAAGUCGCACACAGUGACCUUGUUGCAAGGUUUGGAGGCCGUCCUAGACUCGUCUCAACUCCGCUUCGUGCAUGGCGUUGACCCCUCCGAUGCCUCGACCUUGCUUCAUGGACUGGGCAAGGAUUCGCUCGCACACGCUGUGGCGGCCGCACGCUGGGCAGAUGUGGUUCUUCUAGCACUUGGCGAGUCCUCCCCAAUGGUUGGGGAGGCCAAGAGUGUGACCACCUUGGAGCUCCCUUUGGGGCAACGACUCCUCGCAGAGGCUGUGGCCAAAACCAAGACGCCCACGGUGGUCCUCCUGAAGAAUGGCCGUGCUUUAGAGUUGGAGGGCGCCGUGCGAAACGCCUCCGCCAUCAUGGUGACCUGGUUCCUGGGGAAAAUGACAGGACAUGCGAUUGCAGACGUGCUCUUUGGCGACUACAGUCCGUCGGGUCGUUUACCGAUCAGCUUUCCCAUCAAGAGUGGCCAACAGCCUUUAUAUUACAAUCACUUGAGCUCGGGCCGUCCAUGCAUCUGGGGCUGGGGCUGGAACAAUUGCUAUCGAGAUGCCCCAGGUCGGGAAGCGUUGUUCUCCUUUGGACAUGGUCUCACGUACAGCAUCGUGGAAUAUGGCUCUCCAUGGUUGGACAGCCCAAGCAUGCCAUGGGAUGGCGAACUGGGGAUUUUUUGCAACAUCUCCAAUCGCGGCCAGCGUGCCGCGCAUGAAGUGGUUCAGCUCUACGUGCAUGACAUGGUUGCUAGCCGUGUGCGCCCAGUGAAGGAACUGAAGGGCUUCCAGAAGAUUUGGCUCCAAGCUCAAGAGACUCAAACUGUCCGUUUUCGCUUGAAAAGAGAGCAGCUGGCGUUUGCCACUCCACCUCAUUCGGACAGCACCAUGCUGUACAUGGUUGAGCCGGGGAAGUUCCUGCUUUGGGUCGCUCCCUCCUCUGCCGCGGGCGAGCCGAUCGAAUUUCAUUUGGCGGGUCCUCCACGAUUGAUAUAGAUGGCGCCAAUUUCGGUCGGGCGUGCCGUUCAAGACGGCCCGGCCAUGGGCCAUGACACAACGCAGGUUUUGUCUGAAAGGGAGGCCCGCAAUGUUUGUCAUGGAAAUGGAGCCAUUUGGAUGCCAUUGGCUAAUUGCUUUGGCGGGUUCUCAGCGGUCAGACACAACCAAAUAUGCAUGAAAUUGAGGACACAACUGGUGGGAGAGAAGUUGGACUUUUUUCCACGAUUAGAUGCUUUGUCGAAACCACUGUUUCGGGUUUCCGCAGAUGCAUGCAGAAAUGAUCAAUUGCCAUUUCCUUGAGACCUGCGUC